CGUUCAUCAAGAAUGUGACCUUCAGCAACCCCUCUUUUCCUCUGUCUCAACAAUUGCAUGACUUCCCUUCACGAUUUUAGCAUUUUCUUUUUCUCGAAAACAGCAAAACAACUGUGUGUGUGUGUGUGUAUGGAGUGCAGAAGUGGUAUAUACGAGCAGAAAGUAGAUGAGGGUUUUGAUAAGUUUUCGUAAUUCUUUUUUAAUUCUUCAUUGUUGUUGAAGCGACAACGAACUCCCAGCAAAUCCAGUCGUCAUCCAUUUCCAUCCGUCUCUUGAUCUCCACUUCAGAGGAAAACCAAACACAGAAAGCUCCAUUUCAACCAACUCAUCUCUCUCUCUCUCUCUCUUGAGAGUGGUUUAAGAGAGAGAGAGAGAGGGCAGUGAAGAUGCUUGAAACCAAGAGAGUAGUGCAGCUUAGGAGCAGAGGGUUCUAUGUGAGGAUGAGAUUGUUGCAUGGAACAAGAAGCAGCAGAAAUCCAGAGAAAGGGUUCUGCUACAGAUACUUCAAAUGGAUUCUUUGGUUGUCUAUUUCCUUUUAUUUCUUCUCCUCCUUUCUCAUUACUCGCAGUAAGCCCAGUUCAUCUAUUUCAAGAACCACAGUUUCCCGUUCCAAACCGUCUCGAGCUCUCAUUGAAGAAUCACUCCUUAACUCCUCCUCCCUUCAACACCUGCAAAUACCGGAUGGAUUGUUCAAGGGAAUGAAGGUGUAUGUUUACGAAUUGCCAUCAAAAUACAACAGCGAUUGGCUGUCGAACGAGCGAUGCAGCAGCCAUUUGUUUGCGUCGGAGGUGGCUAUUCAUAGGGGUUUGAUGAGGAGCGACGUGAGGACACUGGACCCAUGGGAGGCUGACUUCUUCUUCGUCCCUGUUUACGUGUCUUGCAAUUUCAGCACUGUUAAUGGGUUCCCCGCCAUCGGCCACGCUCGGUCGCUCAUCGCCUCCGCCAUUGAGCAUGUUUCAGCUCAACUUCCGUUCUGGAACCGCAGCCUCGGCGCUGAUCAUGUUUUCGUCGCCUCCCAUGACUUCGGUUCAUGCUUUCACACAUUGGAGGAUGUGGCGAUUGCAGAUGGAGUGCCUGAAGUCUUGAGGAAUUCGAUAAUUUUGCAAACUUUUGGAGUUAAACACAAGCACCCAUGUCAGGACGUGGAGCAUGUGGUGAUUCCACCUUAUAUCCCCCCAGAAACUGUACGGGCUACCCUGAAAAAGUCUCCGGCGACUGGCCCCCGUGACAUUUUUGCGUUUUUCAGGGGUAAAAUGGAAGUCCACCCCAAGAAUGUCAGCGGUCGUUUUUACAGCAAGAAGGUGCGGACUGAGAUAUGGCGGAAGUACGGCGGCGACCGGAGGUUCUACUUGCGGAGGCACAGGUUCGUCGGUUACCAGUCGGAGAUAGUGCGGUCAACCUUUUGUUUGUGCCCACUGGGGUGGGCCCCGUGGAGUCCGAGACUGGUAGAAUCCGUGGCCUUGGGGUGUGUCCCGGUCAUCAUAGCAGACGGCAUCCAACUGCCCUUCCCCUCCGCCGUGCCCUGGGCGGAGAUAUCCUUAACUCUGGCGGAGAACGACGUGGACAACCUCGGUAAAAUCCUCGAACACGUGGCGGCCACGAACCUCACAUCAAUACAACGAAACUUGUGGGACCCAUUAGUCAGAGAAGCCCUACUGUUCAAUGUCCCAAUUUUGGAAGGCGACGCGACGUGGCAGGUGCUGGAUGCCCUUUCCAAGAAGCUCGACAGGUCCCACAGGAAGACACUUCUUCGUGGCCAAUAACAUACACCCACGUGGCGUGUAGUAGCCGGAGGACUUGCCAGCUAGAUCGUGGCGCUUUUGUCGUAGGUAGUGGGAGACAGCUGGGAUUUUUUGGACUGCUAACAGAAAGUAUUUUGUGAAGUGUUAAUGGAUGCAUUAUGCGUAUGGGGGGUUGGGGUUGGGGUCGGGUGGAGUGGGGUCGGGUGGAGUGCUCGUAUGGAUGACGUGGCAACGAGUGAUUGGAUGCUUUUGCGGUUGGUUGGGACAAAUCUGUACAUGUGAUGGAGGAAUAAAUACUGUUGGCAAAAUAUGGGAGGAGAAGAUAGGGAUGGAAUUGCAUGUGGGAGGUCCACAUGGUCAUUUGUUGGUGUACAAAAUACUGAAGAACAAUAUUGCAUAGGAUAAAGGGUCUUUUAUACAUCAAAAUCACAAAAGCAAAAAGGGUUUUAUUAAUUACA